AUGGAUCACUCUCAAAUUAUAACUAUUGAAGACAUUGAUAUGAGUGGAAGUUUAGUAUGUGUAGAUGAUAUUGUUGAUUUGGAAAAAGACACUGAUGAAUUUAAAGAAGAUGAUCUUAGUGAAAUCAUGGCAAAAAAAGAUGGUGAAUGUGAAGAAGAUGAUCUUAGUGAAAUCAUGACAAACAAAGAUGGUGAAUGUGAAGAAGAUGGUGGACAUGAAAUUGUGGGAGAUGUUGAUACUGAAUUAAGCGAGACCCCUAUUUUAACUAGAGUUUUUGAGACAUCAGAAGAAGCUUAUAUUUUUUAUAAUGCUUACGCAAAAGGUAAGGGGUUCGGAAUACGUAAGCAAUACCAUAACAAGAGUACAAUUACAAAACAACCUUAUAGGUGGAGAUAUGUGUGCUCAAAGCAAGGUGUCAAGAGACUAGAUGUUAAAAGAAUUGAUGUUGACAAUGUUAAAAGGCAAAGGGAUACAAGAACUAAUUGUUUGGCGAUGUUACAAGUAAAGUUACUGGAUGGCCUAUGGAAAGUGGAUAAGUUCAAUGAUAUACACAAUCAUCCAAUGAUUAACACUCCAACAAAGGUGAAGAAGUUUCUUUCUCAAAAUCCAUUAAGACGCUCAGAUUUGACAAAAUCAAUUGUGUCUAAACUUUUUCAAGAGGGUUUAACAUCUUCGAAAAUCUCAAAGGUUGUGAGUGCUAUGAAUAAAGAGGUUAAUCUUACUCCCGUUCAAAUCAACAGUAUUAUAUCUAGCCAGCGAAAGAAUAAUGUAGGGCGAGAAUGUCAGGGCAUCAUCAAACACUUUCAAAGGAAGUCCAUGGUUGAUGGAGCUUUUUAUUUUGCUAUGCAUUUCGCAGAAGAUGGAACAUUAAGAAGCAUAUUCUGGGCAGAUGGUAGGUCAAGAGCUGCAUAUGCUCAUUUUGGUGAAGUCCUUGUCUUUGAUGUGACUUACAGAACAAACAAGUUCAAGUUUCCUUUUGCUCCUUUUGUGGGAGUUAAUCACCAUGGGCAAACAAUUUUAUUUGCUGCCGCUUUGCUAGAAGAUGAAACGGAAGCAAUUUUUACAUGGUUGUUUGAACAAUUUCGGACAUGUAUGUUUGACAAGUCUCCUGUUGCUAUUAUCACUGAUCAAGAUAAAGCCAUGGGAAAAGCAAUUGCCAAGAUAUUUCCUGAAGCACGACAUCGUUUUUGCGCUUGGCAUAUAAAGAAACAUGUUAUGGAGCAUAGUCAAGCACUACGCGCACAAUUUAAAGAUGAUUUUGAUGUUGACUUCCGUGCAUGGUAUAAAAGUCGCAACAUUGAUGAGUUUGAAGGCAAAUGGGAAGUAUUGAGGACUAAAUAUGUUAUUAAGACAGAUAGUUGGCUGGCUAACAUGCACGCUUCUCGGCAUCAUUGGGCAAAGGCAUACUUGAAAGAUACCUUUUUUGCUGGAAUGACCACAAGUGGCCGAAGUGAGAGCAUCAAUGCAUUUUUUGAUGGAUAUGUCAACUCUAAUACAAUGUUAAAUGAUUUUGUUAUCCAGUAUGACAAAGAAAUCAAAUCUAGGAGGGAUGCGGAGGAAGAUGAGGAUUUCAAAACUAGAAAUACAAAAGCAGUUUUGGAGACUAAUCAUCCUAUUGAAGAAAUAGCUGGUGAAUGGUACACAAGAAAAUUAUUUGAAAUUUUCAAAAAGGAGUGGAAGGCUGCCAUACUUGAUUAUUUUCAUGAAAAGAUUGCAACGAAGGAAAACCUUAUCAUGUAUCGAGUGGGGUCUCGUGAAGUUGAUAAAGAAAUGUGGGCAAUUGUCGAGUAUCAUUUGACAGAAAGCUUCACAACUCAAUGUUCAUGUGCAAAGUUUGAGACUAUGGGGAUUUUGUGUAAACAUAUUCUAUACAUUAUGAAGAAGAAACAAAUAAUGACCCUUCCUGAAAAAAUAUCUUGUUUAGAUGGACUAUGA